GGGAAAAGUGAAAGUGACAAAAAUACGAAACUACCACUAACCUAUUUAUCUUGCGUGGGUGUAAAAUUAUUAAAUUAUCAUAAACAAAUGCACUAUCAAGAAUAUAUUUGUCGAGAUGAAGGUCUAUCCAUUUCCUCCCUAGGAGAAGUUUCAACUUUUCUUUUACCUAGCAUGAUUUGACAGUCCAACAAUGUGCAAUAGUGAUGAGAAGUCCCAGCAAUGAUGAAGAGGAUUCCGAGGACAAGGUUUCCUUUGACAUAGUGACCACUCAGUCCGCCAUGAUGGGUAACAAGGGGCACAACUCGGGUGAGGACCACAAAAGGAUCCUGGUGAAGCAGUCAGCAGUGGAUGAGGACAGUAACCAAGGGAGAUCUGUCCUCAGUCACCUUAAGGAUCAACCUAAAAUAUCUGAGAGACCCUUUAAGCAGUUUCUGGGCUUAGAACAUGGAGAGCUACCAAAACAGCAUAGCGAUCCAGGAGGCCGUGUGUCUAGGGAUGUACAUUAUAGUUUUGAUAACUCAGAGAAGAACUUUCUUUUUUCUUCUGAUUUUCGUCCAGAUGUGGAGCAGGAUGAAAGGAGAAAAGUUAUGGAGAGGUACAAUGUGGAAACAUUUUCUUCUCGAUUUCAACAGAGUAGGCAAAUGUCUAAAAUGGUGUACAAUGCUAGUGCUCCAAAUCUUGUGAUUGAAGAGAAAGACUCGGUGCAGAUUCGUGAAACAGUGAUCUCAUCUUCAGGAUUUCCAUUUCCUUUUUCAAAUUCAGGAAGAGAUUCUUCAAACUUAUUGACUAAAAAUCUUUCUUCUGACACUACUCAUUCUAGUGAAGAUAUUAACUUGUACAGGGGUGCAUCACCCCGUGGGAGAAGUAGAGAGCUGUUUAGGUAUGCUCCUAGACUACAGAGGAGUGAUGACAGUACUACUUCACAUAGUCAUCAUUCCUAUGUUAGUGGGUCAGAUGACAGCCCAAGCAGCAGGGAGCCUUCACCUUUCAAUAAGGAUCUUCACGGAGUGCCUAUCCAAAGUAUUCGUAUUAGUUCACCCGGUAUUUCAGUGGAGUCUGUAGAUGAAUCCUCCGAUGGAGAAAAAAGGCGGAUCAUCCACCAACCCACCAGCAUUGUGAUCACCACAGAUGACAAUGUCACCACUAGUGUGGUGGAGGGACUCAAAGAGGAUGACAGUGAGGAAGAUGGAUUUCAUCGACUUCGGAGAGAAUACUCUGAGCAGCACCCCAUGAAGGACUCAUCAUCAGUCACUGGAAAUUUCAAGAAAUAUCUCCAUGCUCGUUAUUUAAAGAGUCAAUCCUCCUCCUCAACAGAUACAUCUUCUCUUGAUCAUUCCCAGGACAAACCAGACAUUCCAGGGUUGGGAUCAUUUGAUCAACAAAGGUCAUUUGACCAGCAAAGAUCACUGGAUUUAAAAAGUCCAUUGGAUCUCAGAGAGCCAGCUGAGGAUACUAUAUCUCAACAGCUCUCAGCAGCCAGCAAAAUAAAGUUGUCAGAGUCCUCAACUUCUUCCUCUUCAUUUGAAAGGAAAUCUUUUGAAAUGAUCCAUCAAGGCAGUGAGGACAAUGAUGUGUUCAUGGAUCCUUCUGUUAAACCUUUAGUGCAUCAGUCUAAUCUUCAGCAGAUAUCAGAUUCUGAACCUGUGGAUUUACGACAGAAUAUAUCAAGUGUAAAACUAGAGGACAAAAACCAGAAUGAAAUUCACAGAUCUCAGUCUCCAAGACAGUUGUCUCCACAGGCCUCAGUUAAAAAAGAACAAAAGACACACCUGCUUCAGCAGCAAACUCCCCAGCAAACAUAUCACAAGGUCCCUAUUAUAGCAACCACAUCUUACAGCUCCCCUGACCUCAACAAGGCAAGCAUGGAAGCAGAUGUGCCACAGUCUGUUACACCUAGACAACAAUAUAUGCCCUACAUGCAUCCUUUGCAUCAUUCUCCAAGUCUCCACACCCCUCACAUAUCAGCUUCUCACCCUCAACCAUCUCCCUUGUGUUCAGUUCCAGAAGGAGGGCACAUCUUCAACUUUAAUCUCCCAAGUCCUUUUGAUGGUGGCUUUUUCUCCGAUCCUGAAAUGUUGUCUCCAAGUCCUAUGUCUCCGGGUUUCUCUCACUUUGCCUUUCCUCCUCGUGGAUCCUUGAUAAAUUCCAUGUCUGAAUUGAACAGACUAGCUGUGUCCCCUCGCGCAAUGUACCCUAGUCACUCUCUUGUACUUCCUCCGUCUAAACUAACACACACCACUGCCAAACCUGAGACACAGUCUCAUGAGAGGAGGAUCCAGUCAGAAAGUGAUGCCUACCUGUGUCCCAUGUGUGGGCAGGUGUUCCCUGCCUAUGACAACUUAGCAAAACACAUGGCCAAACAUCUCCCAACAGAAACGAUACGACAACCUGAUAAUAACAAAAUUCACUUCUGUAAAGUUUGUAAUAGAUCAUUUUCGCGUAGUGAUAUGUUGACUAGACAUAUGCGACUUCAUACAGGAUUGAAGCCUUAUGAAUGUAGUGAUUGUGGACAAGUAUUUUCUAGGAGCGACCAUCUGAACACACACAGACGAACACACACAGGAGAGAAACCUUAUAAAUGCCCCCAGUGUCCAUAUGCUGCCUGCAGGAGAGACAUGAUAACUAGGCACAUGAGGACACACACAAAAAAGACAAAUAAACGUAAAUUUUUGUCAGUUCCUGAGAGUGAUAGUGAUGUUAGAAAGAGUUCAUUAUCAAGUACAGAUACAUCAGAUUCUCAUGAUCUGGGUAUUAGGUCUUUUUCACAGUCAAGCAUUGAGAGUGUGGAUCCUGAUGGAGGUACAUCUUUAACACCUGCUAAGUAUAACCUUUCACAGGAAGGAGCAAGGACUCCAGAGAGGAUGGAGAAGAUUGGAUCAGAUGUAGAAGUUCCAAAACUCGGUGGUCGAUUUCAUGGUUCUAGGAGAGAACAUGCCUUUGAAUCUCAGCACUUGUAUCGCAAACAAAGACAUGUGAUAGGGAGUAGCUAUGAAAGUUUCGAAUCGGAGUCAGGAAGUUUUCAAAGGGAUUCCUUUGACCAGGAAGCAGUCCAAGAAAUGGAGUCAACACAUGCUGGUAAACAGGGAAGUGAAUUGCCCGAUGCAAUGGAGGAGAAUUUAAGCAAAUGUUUUGGAGAGAGUAUAAAAACUGAUUGAGGUAGUAGUAGUUUAAAAACAACAUUAUAAGCAUUCCCAAAGAAAUAUUUUUCAGUGCAUUUUACAGUGUAAGUCAAAGAGGAAACUACACUUGAUUGUGAUGCAUGGCAGUUGACUGCACAAUUUGGAAUAAGAACAGGCAGGCUUUUUCCUACUACUAAAACAGUGUAUUUACAAAUUUAGUAUACAAAUUUAGUAUAUAUUGGAAUUUUUGAAUUAGAGAGAUUUUAUUUGUGAAAUUAUUGUUUUUUUUUCUUUUAUUGUUAUAGCCAUAUUUGCUCAUGGCAUUUUUUGUUGAUGUUUGUAUUCAGAACUUGAUACUUGUUGACUUUUGUGAUUUUGCAUUAUAAGUGCUAACAUAGCUGUGUAUGUUUGAAAUGCAUUUACCUUCUAGUUCUUAGGUAUUAUCCCUGCUUUUCCCCCAUUUUAGCUUGAGCUGACUGGGAAAUUGAAGGAUUUUUUCAUGAAGUUAGGUCCUGUUAUUUUCAUUCAUAUGAAUUUUUUGUUAGACAGUGGGCAAAAGUAUAUUUUUUAUUAUAAAUGAAAGGAGUAUUGAAUCCAUGGGUGAAUAAUCUGCAUAAAAAAUAAUUCUUUGAAUCAAAGAAAGUAGUUCAAAUUGCCAAAACAAGAAAUUUGAUUCCCCAAGUAUGUUUUGGUUUUUCUCUCAAUCAUUCACUCAAAUUUCCAAGUGAAGUGAAUGUAUUUUAAAGUUAAUUAAUUUUCUGAGUUGUGACCGAUGAUUUUCAAAGUGCCUUACAUAUUAAAUAGAACCAGAUACCAGUGUAAUUAAAUUCAAAUUAACAAAAUGAAAUAAAAUCAAAAUAUGCAUAUUGCAAUGUUGAGCCUGAAGCAAAACUUAUAAAAACAGUAGAUCAUAUGCAAAGUCAAGUAAAGAAAGUAGAAAAAUCUGAAAUUGUCCUCUCCUGUAAAAAUUAAAAGUCUAUUUUGCUAUUUUCCAUUUUUUUUUCUGGUUUUUUGGUUCAAUGUUAUUUUAAAAGUUUUAUAUCUGUUCUUUAAAUACUCUUUUUUUCAAAAUACUUUUACUAUUCUUAAAUUUUUCAA